GGGACGGUCACUGACGUCAAAUAUGACAGAAUACAACUUCACUUGCGUAAAUAUUUUUUAUACAUAGUUCAUAAAUUUAUUUGGGACGAAACAAACGUAAAAAGCAAUAAUGGCGAGAUAUACAAGAAUAGCGUUAGAUAUGGCAUUGGAAGCAAGUAAAAGAUUGAAGCCAGCUUUAGGAAAUGUAUGGCAAUAUGCAAAGACAGAACUUGUACCACCAUUGACAUUAAAUUUCUUUCAUGGACCUAAGGGAAAAAAUUUGGAAGAAAGAGUUUCUAAAGCAGCUGAUAAUUUUAUUGCUGGAAUAAAAAGUCGUAUAGAUGAUAUAGAGGCAGAAAAAUUGAGAGAAAUAAAGCGAAAAGAAGCUGCUGCAAAAGCAUUAGCAGAAAAGAAAAAAGCAGAAGCUAAAAAGAAAGCUGAAGAAGUUAAGAAAAAAGCGGAAGCAAUCGCUAAAAAAGCUAAACUUGAAGCAGAAAAGAAGGCUCAAGCUGCAGCUUCAGCCACCUCUGAGGCUAAACAGAAAACUAAAGAUGAAAAGGAAACAAACAAAAAACAAAAGAAGGAAACAAAAAAAUCACCUGACGUGGUUAAAAGUAAACAGACUGCCAAAAGCUGUGAACCUAAAAAAGAUUGUCCACCAAAGGCAAAAAAGUAAAUUGCACAAAUACAAUUUAUCGUUAU